AUGGCGACCAACCUGUUCUGUGCGAUCGUGUUGAUCAGCUUGGCCUCCUCUGUCUCUGCUUUUGGUUCAGGCAACAUCCCUGACGCGGCUUAUCUCAAAGGCAAGGCCUGGAGACAUGGAGACAUUGAGGACUCAUUAGAGGGUCUUGUCAAAGUUGCUGGCCAGGGUGGGGGUGCAAUUGUAGGUGCGAUUGCUAGUGCUCUCAUGGGUGCAGCUUCAGGCAAGAUUGGCGGUGGAUCCAAAGGAGGGAAAAAGUUUUCGGGUUUAGAUGUCAAGAGAGUUUAUUUUGGAAACUGGCUGCGUGAUCUUUCGCAAGUUUGCGAUAUUGCUGGUUUCAAAGCGAUGACUCCUGAAUCGUUGGUCAUAUGUAUUAUGACUAUGGGCUUUUUGAGCUUUGGAUAUGCGACACGUGAAUUUCAAGUUACACGAGAACGACUUUCGGUAUAUUUACUCACAGAACACAUCGAUAACCCAAAAGGAUAUGCCGAAGGCGAAGAUCCAAGGAAAUACGACCCCCGUCUACGACCACCUGUGGAUGAGGCGCGCGAACUUCGAAUUGACGAAAGAAAUGGAAUGAAGAUGUACAUAGCGUCGGAGGACCAAGGAUUCGACACGUCAACUGCUUGUAUUCGGCGAGUCUUUCGACAAUGUAUUGAGCUUGGACGCCAAGCUCGACAAGAAGGAAAUGAGGAAAAAGAAUUUGAAAGCUUCCGUUUGCUUGGUACUGGUCUCCAUACGUUGGAAGACUUUUCUGCUCAUAGCAAUUGGUGCGAACUAGCUUUGCAAAAGCUUGGUCAUAAGCAUGUAUUCGCGCACGUAGGAGAGAAUGUCAAAGUCAACAGCCCCGAUGGUCCGGUACCCCCUUUGGUAACUGGAACAUUCGCUGGAGCAGAUUUUUGCUUCUCAAUGCUUGGCGAAGCAAGCGAUAAACUUUCGUCUGCUUCCAUUGCCGAUCUGACUGCCCAGCUAGAUGGUGCCCAAGAUGCCAAUAAGAAGCCUGGAGGCAUCAAUUUGAACUUGAUCAAGUCGCUGUUGAGCAAGCUACCGCUAGGCGGAGGAAGCUCGGACGUUCAACACGAUCUGGACACUAUGGAUGAGAAAAAACAUGCUUUUGAUCUUGAUGGUCGCAUCGAUCAAUUAGCCCCAGCCGAGCUGCAGGCAAAAAUCUGGGAUCUCUUUAAAGUUCGAGAUAAUCUGAUGCGACGGAUCGAGGAGAUCAUCCAAGGAAUUCCCGGGCUAAGUUCAAUGCUAGAAAAUCUUUCAUUAUCCCUCGCGCAAUGGAUAAUGGUCACAAUCGAUCCGUUUGUAAGACCAAUCCUUCUCCAGGCAAGCUCUGCUAUUGGAGAAGGCAGCCAGGCUGUCAUCUCAGGCAACGACCAAUGGACCGUUUUCAACGAUCCAAAUGCAUCAGAUCCUACUCAUAGUGUUUUGGCGAAAGACCAUUUCUCCAAUAUUCUAAAUGACCCUGCCGGCAACGUUUCAGUUAUUAUUGUAAAGUACACUGUUGGUUUGAUGGUCGAGGCUUGGAGUAAUGAUGAGAACCCUGACAGAGUGAUCGAUAGCAUUCUCGAAGCCAUUCAUCACCCGAAUUUUGCCAACCGAAAUUCCAAAAUCCAGAGAGAGAUGUUGGAAUAUAUGCAAAAAUGGCUAAACGAGAUGGAUCGAGAUGAUCGGGAGCUCACUAUCAAGAGUCUGACCAAGGUCAGCUUUUAUUUCCCUCCGCGAAGUUUUAUGGAAAGCUAUCUGAAGAGCAAUCUUUCCAUGCAUCGAAUCCUCAGGACAGUAUUCGGAACCAUCGGAACCAGCGCAAAACUUCGAAGGGUGGCGUGGAUCCUCGACUCGAUGGCGGAGCUCCAUCUCAUGGACAUUCGCAUCCUGCCUAUCAGCAAGCUUCGAUGCUCGGAGGUGCCAAUUCCCAAAGUCAAUAUGGAUCUGCUAGCUCACAAUCCCAAACUCAACACAAUUCGGGUUAUAAAUCUCAAAGUAAUAUCGGCUCUCAUUCUCAAGCUCAAGGUCACAAUAGCUCGCAAUCCAAAGUUUCAUACGGAGGCCUCCAGUCUCAAACUCAAUACGAUAGCUCACAAUCUCAGGGCCAAUACGGCGGCGGCUCUCAUGCUGGUUACGGACACCAAAACUCUGCAAAUCAAGGCAGUUACGGGAUUGGCAAGCAAUAUGAAAGCGCGUCCGGAAGGCUGA